CUCAUUACAGGGACCAUGUUGCCCCUGAGAUACAAGUAAAACUAGCGUGUGCUGCAGUGUGUGAGAGGACAGAAAUAACAGUGGGGGCUCAACAAAAGCAGCGGAUGUAGCAGGUUCUUAGGCAAGGCCCCCACUGAUGAGAGCCUCUGGCUGUGGGCCAGGCUCAGGUAGCCACAGAAAGCUCACAGCACAGCCCCCAGCUGAACCGCAAGCCUCUGCCCCACCGUACCCAGCUCAGAGCAAAGCAGAAACUCGAAGCAGACGCUGCUCCCCAAAAGCAGCACCCCAAAAUAUGCUGUGGCAGGCACCAUGGGCAAGGCUGUCUCCUUCUGGCCCUGCCAUCCUGCUGCUGGUGAUCUGUGGCAGCAUGAGCUCCCAGGACAUCUGCAGCUCCCCAGGGGAUCUCCAAGCUCCUGCUCUCCAAAUGAACUCAACUUCUGCUCAGCCAGGUACCACAGUUGUGCUCCAGUGUAUUCUCCAUGUGUUUUCACAUACAAGACGAAUCAUCUUCUGCAAGGAUGGGAAGGAGGUGUACAGCCAGGAAGCCCAGCAAGGGCAGCUGAGCUACUCCGUGGUCCUGAACAUCACGUCAAGGAGCGCAGGAAGAUAUACAUGUGGGUACCAGCAGAGGAAUGAGAUGAAACAGAGGAGGAGCUCUGCCCUCAGUGCUGGCCGCAUCCUGAAUGUCCCUGGUGCAGGUGCUGGCGUGACCACCCAGGACAUCGGCAGCUCCUCAGGCAAUGUGGUGAGUUCCCCGGCAAGUCCACCACCCCCAGGCAGCAGCCCGUCACACAAGGCCCAGCUCCCUUCCAGAGGUGAGACAUUGCUCAUCAGCCCUUCCCAGCACAGCCGUCCUCCAAGGCUUGCCUUGGCCACACUGUGUUCCUCCUCUCUCCCAGGGUCAGCCAUGCCCCUGGAGGUCUGGAUCCUGCGCUCUGCCCUCAGCCUGCUCCUGCUGCUGUCUGCCCCUAUAAUCACCCUCCUCCUGGAGAGAUGCAGCCACAGUGCCAGUGAGGCCAGGCAGCCUGGAGACAUCCCUGUCCCCAUGGAGCUCUGAUGUCCUCUUGGGCUCCAUGCUAUCCAGAGCCUGCUCCACAAGACCAGAGUGUGACCCCCACACGUUUGCCAGACACCCACUGCCAUUGGUCUCAAUGCAGCUGAGGCAGCAUGCCCAAGGGAUGUGCUGCCACUGCUCUGCUUGCCUUGGUUCAGACCCUGCUCUCUGCUACUACUUUUGCCCAUUACUUUAAACGGAGAUGGGAGAACUUUUCACCAAUCAUAACUAAGAUAUGCUUGACUAGAGUCACUCAAACUCCACCUAAAAGAUAGAAAAUAAUAUAAAUUGGCCUAAGAGAGAGGGGAUGUUG